UCCUCCUAAUCGGCAGCCCCGCGCGCGGACCAGGAAGAGCUCUAAACUUUUUUGCGACUCAGCUAUUGAGCUGACAACAUAGCUUUGGAAAUAUGCCAGGAGCGCCAUCGGCAGACGAUGAUCCUGUCAUCGCAGAGUAUGAUGUAUUCAUUACAAAAGAGAUCAGUGAGCAACUGUAUCUCUUGCAGUAUCCCAAUCGACAUAAGGACCUUCCCUAUAAUGCCAACAAUGACACGGAACCCUUGGAAAUGCGUAUCAAGCAGAAGGCAGGCUUUGUCGAGGUCGACGUACCCAUCGAAUUAAGCUCGAAAUUUGACAAGACGAAGGGAGUGCGGUGGGGAGAGGCGUUGAAGCAGGCAAAGGAUGAAGGCCAGAGCACAUUCGGCGCCACCGCUGGGUUUGAUCGUAUGCCGAUUCCUCGCGGGCUAGCUCGUACAACGACGAGUGCGGAUCCAGAAGGCGACAUUGAGCGCAUGGUAGAACGUUUUCCAGAAGCCAAUCGUGCCGGCCGCGUUUACAACAAGCAUACUUUGGGGGGCCAGAUACUGAAAGAGCAAGAGGGUAAGCCCAUGUAUAUGCUCGGAGCAUUUCGAGAAAAUGAGCUUCACCUGUCAAAGCUUACUGGCGUUGUACAAAUGCGUCCUCAAUUCCACCAUGUUGAUGCUGCAAGCUAUCUAGAGCAGUCUAAUAGACGUCGAGAAGCAGCGGAGAACGCCAAAGCUGCCGAGCCACGAUCUGUCCAAAUGUCAAUCAAAUCUUUCGAUGGAGACAACGUAGACAUGGCUUCAACCAAGGAAUACCUCAGGAAGGCCAAAGAGGACACAUGGACACGACUGAAAUAUCAUGAUGAAGAGCAUGGGGAUGCAUAUCUUGAGUACUCAGAAAAGUUAUUCCUUCACAAGGACGCCGAUGGCCCGGACCAUCCGAAACUGGUCUCCUCAUUGAACAACGAACAGUACCUGGAAGCAAUCAGUGCCCCACGUGUAGAUCCCAGUGGUCGCACAAGAAAAAAGCCGUUGACAAAGAAGGAAAUGCGAAACAUUGAUGACUCGGACGAUUCCGACGGGAAGGAGAAGCCCCAAAAACCUGCGAAAGCUCAGGUACCCAGCGAAGUUGUACAGGUAGAUUGAGGAUGGAUGUUUAUGUCGGUGUGAUAAGCAUUUCAGCGGGACGUAGAAUCGGAAAACGGUUGCAUAGCAAUGGCGUUAUAUUACAUGAUCACGGCUGGCAAUCAUGGCAAUGCAUUGUGAGAUGAAAAAUCAGGGUUCAUGCGGAAUCGACACUAUGGAUUCAAGAGUCUCGACUGUCCUGCGUAUACUUUGCCGUUGAUAGAUCGAAGAAGUGACCUUGAUAUUUUCUCAUUAUUUAAUUCCGGAAGAAUGAAAUGAGUGCCUCAGGCCUCAAAUCCUCGGCAAACACGCCUAUGUGGCACGUGCGGAG